CAUUUAUUAGUACAUGGCAACGAUUGCCAUUUCUAAAUUCUAACACCUAGAGUGAACACACAAAUAAUAUAUGGCAACGAUGGAGAAUGAUAGUGUGGUACCACUUCUAACAUCAAGAGUGAACAAUCACUCAAAUGGUUCUUUUACUAAUAAUUCUUCAUUCAAACCAGAUUCAUAUGAUAUCGAAGUAAUCCAUGGAGUUAAAGAUUUAGUUCGAGAGUUUUCAGCAGAAUCGAAAAAACUAUGGUACCUUGCUGCUCCAGCCAUUUUCACUUCCAUUUGCCAAUACUCAAUUGGUGCCAUAACUCAAGUAUUUGCUGGUCAUGUUGGUACCAUUCAACUUGCUGCUGUCUCCAUUGAAAACUCUGUCAUCGCUGGUUUUUCUUUUGGCAUCAUGUUGGGAAUGGGAAGUGCAUUGGAGACACUAUGUGGACAAGCAUUUGGAGCAAAACAACUAGACAUGCUAGGAACUUAUAUGCAACGAUCUUGGAUAAUCCUCACCGCAACAUCACUAAUUCUAAUGUUGCCUUAUAUUUUUGCCACGUCACUUCUCAGACUCAUCGGUCAAACGUCAGAUAUAUCGAAAUGGGCAGGUACAUUUGCUGUGUGGAUGAUUCCACAAUUAUUCGCGUAUGCACUAAACUUUCCGAUACAAAUAUUCUUGCAAGCUCAGAGCAAGAUCAUGGUGAUGGCCGGCAUAGCGGCAGUUGGACUUAUCGGACACACUUUGUUUAGUUGGCUAUUUAUGUUCAAGUUAGGGUGGGGAUUGGUGGGUGCCGCGGUUGUGCUGAACGGUUCGUGGUGGUUCGUAGUGGUGGCUAAGUUGGUGUACAUAUUCAGUGGUGCUUGUGGAGAAGCUUGGUCUGGAUUUUCUAUAAAGGCUUUUCAAAAUCUUUGGGAAUUCGUUAAAUUAUCUUUUGCGUCUGCUGUGAUGCUCUGCUUAGAGAUAUGGUACUUCAUGGCACUAAUUCUCGUGGCUGGAUAUCUCAAGAAUGCUGAAGUGGCCGUCGAUGCAAUUUCUAUCUGUAUGAAUAUCCAAGGCUGGACAUUCAUGGUUGCACUUGGAUUUAAUGCUGCAAUAAGCGUAAGGGUGUCAAAUGAACUAGGAGCAGGACAUCCAAGAAGCGCGAAAUUCUCAGUAAUGGUAGCCUCCAUCACUUCUCUUUUAUUUGGGAUGUUCCUGGCAAUGGUGCUUCUUGUUUGUCGGAGUUGGUACCCUCUAUUGUUUUCAAACAAUGAACAAGUCCAACAUGUUGUGUAUGAGCUCUCUCCUAUCUUAGCUGCCACCAUUGUUGUUAGCAGUCUUCAACCUACUCUUUCAGGGGUGGCUAUUGGUGCAGGAUGGCAAGCUUAUGUUGCAUAUGUGAACAUAGUUUGUUACUAUUUGUUUGGUAUUCCAAUAGGUCUCAUACUUGGCUUCCUCUUUGACACUGGUGUUAAGGGAAUUUGGUAUGGGAUGCUUGCAGGUACGACUGUUCAAACUGGUGUGUUGAUCAUGAUGAUACUUCGAACUAAUUGGAACAAGGAGGCUUCCCUUGCCGGAGACAGGAUAAAACUAUGGGGAGGAGACUCAAAGGUCAACGAAAAUGGUGAAAACCUAACUAACUGACUGCAGACGAGAUCGAUAUCAUACUGUUUGUUUAGUUUGGAUGCCACAAAAGCUGUGUGUGUGUGAGAGAGAGAGAGCAAUUUUAAUACGUAGUUUGCAUUUGUAUAUCAAGCUUAUCCGGGACAUGUGUUGGUUGAGAUAUGAAUAAGAUGAGUAAAUUCCUCUCUUCAACGCUGUCUGCACAAGGAUGACAUACACAAAUCGAGAAUGUUCUCUACAUA